UAGACCAACGUUGUGGACACAUUUUACAUUGUGGACACCAUAAUUUGGUGUCCACAGUGUACACACAUCUAGUGGCCUACUAUAACCCUACUUAAUAUAUUUAAGGGAAAACUGUAUAACAGCGUUGUGAACCACCCUGAUACACACCGUGUGUAUAGGGCUGGAAAAAUAUGUUGAGUAGACACCUAGCGAAUUACGUUAUCUAUAUGGGUCACCUGCAGCUGAUCCUGCUGCAGUGGCUAGCGCGGGUCAGUUUCUUACUGUCUAUGAGAGGCACCAACGGGGUAUAUAACGUGAUUGCAUUAGUAAAUCUAUAUAAGAAACACUAUUCUAUCCUACUGAGCACCCCGUAGUUUUCCCGCAAAAAUGUCAAGAAAACCAAGGCACCAGUAAACCUAGUUUAGUUGCCGAUACUACACCUGGACAUUGGAUCGAUGCCACGGAGGAACUCUAACUGACCACAUGAGAAAGUCUUCGUCGCCUUGUCAAUCAUGCUUAACGUGGUGUAGCAAACGCAACGAUAAAACUGGUCGAUUAAAAUGGAUAGCCACGUCUUUGCCUUUUCAGCCUCAGUUUUGAUUUACCCAAACCAUGUAGACAUUAUAAGAUAUAUUUAUGUGACCAACUUUCACAGCUUUUGACAUUGUUUUCAAAACAUUUUUUUUAAAACUGGUUUCGUUUGAAUUUUAAAGAUAAACUUAACUGACCGUGAAACGAGUGUCACCGAUGUACCGAAUAGCUACUCAAAAUGGCAUAUUCAUUUUACAUAAGAUUUUAUUCCUUUCUUUUAAAAAAUAAUAUUGAUAUUUUACAAAAAGGAAGGCUAAGAAAUGACUAUGGCAUCGAUGACUAACCCAGCGAGGAAAAUACUAAUUGAGCGAGUUAUAUAACCAACAGUAUUCUGUAUAAAAAGAUCACGUGAUGCCCUAACUGAGCUGACCGGUGUGUGUGUGGUGCGAACAUUUUUUCUAAAAUACGGAUACGUAUGGACAUUUUUCUGUGUUUCUUACAGCAAGUAAGUGUAUAUGAACAUUCAGUUGUUAACUGCAGAAAAUAGUUUUGACCAAAUCUAGGACUAUCUGGAAUAUUGUCAACUUUUGUGAUCUGUGAAACUACCUAUAGAGCGGCCAUUUCUAAAUAUAGUCACUCCGCUAUCGAACAUUCCACGUGCACGUAUACGUCCUAGAUAUGGCUAAUCAUGACCAGCAGAGCAGGGUGAGUGCAUCCAACGACGAUAAAGGUUUACGAAUCACCCCGGAACAAGCCCUAGUUUUUACAACCCCAGUGAGUGAUAGCUAUAGUUCAAAAGAUAAGCGUAAGCAAAUGUCUAGCCCACUGUCCCCAUAUUUGAUGGAAAACAAGCGUUCCGAUUUUGGGUUGACGGACAGUCAUGUCCCCAUAUGUGACAAUAAACAGUCAUCGGGCACACCGAGUAUGGUUGAAUCCAUGUUUUCGCCUGAACUUAUGCAAGAUUUCGCCCAAAUGCUGGCCCCUACCAUAGCCACGAUGGUCGCUACGUCAAUUGAACAAUCACUCUCUCAGUCCAUCCAGCCCCUUAUCCAUAGUGCUGUGAAUGCCGCCAUACGCGACAAUACUCAACUUGACACUGUUAUCUCUGAGCAAGUUAAUGCGAAGGUAGCACCACUUGUUGAUAUAAUACAAACUCAAUCAUCAGAGUUACAGAACUUAAAAACGGAGUUAGGCGAUCUCCGAACGGCUUUAGAGGAACAACAGCAGUAUUCAAGGCGCACUGCGCUUAAGUUCCACAACGUCCCAGUCCCUAGUAGUGAUAUUUCGGCCUUUGAUACCCAUCAGGCAGUCAUCGACAUUGCUCGGAAAAUUGACGUCAACAUCAGCCGCAACGACCUUUCCAGGACCCAUAUCCUUGGAGGAGUCAGGAAUGGAAAAACGACGGUCAUCGCGCGCUUCGUCCGCUACUCAGACCGAUACAAUGUCUGA